AUGAAAAAACUUUAUGGUGACAAAGUCAGGAAAGAGGCAGGAAUCACCAAGACUAUCAAACGUCUAAAAAUCAUUCCUGCCACUGUUAGAAAAGAAAUGUCUAAAAUUCGUGAAACUACAGAGAUUCAAGUUAUUCAAAAGGUCAUUAAAGAACUUGCCGAAACUGUUGAAAGGGUGGUGGAAGAAACUGCUGAUGCUUUAGGUGAAUUUGUUGAAUCAACGAAACCUAAACUUCAAGAAGUUGUCGAAGAAGCUAAAACAAUGUUACAAAAUUCUCGUGUCAAAUUAAUAAGCCAAGCUGUUGGUCGAAUUCAAAAUCAUGACGUUUCAAGAUACUCAAUAGUCCUUGUAGCUCCUGAGGAUUCCACAGAUAUCACACCAUCAAGCACACCAAUUUCUUCACGAGAACAAUUUAAAACGAUAUCAAAACCAAUCAUAUUCACACUUGGCUCUCCGAUCCGUUUGAAGUGGACUGCACCAAAUAAUCAUUCACAUAAAGAUUGGAUCGGUGUUUAUAAGGUUACGUCUAAUUCCUCAAAGAAUAUUACUAGUGUCACUAGUAGAGGUCGUUACAUGUAUGUUUUGCCCGAAGAUGAAGAUUUUGAUAAUAAUAAUGCAGCAGCAACACCUACUACUACUACUGCCACUAAUGUCACCAGUGAAUUGUGGUUUAAGGGUGAUCAAUUGCCUUGGGAAGUUGGCACUUAUGAAUUUAGAUACCAUCACGACAACAAACAUAUAGUUAUGGCCAUUUCACAACCAUUCGAAAUCAAAGAGAAACUAGAAACAUUGCCAUUUACUAUGCUUUUUGGUCUUGGCCUAACCGGUGCAGAAUUAGUACGCCUAGUUAUAGGUGUUGGUAAAGAUGAAGAAUUUGAAGGAGUAGUGGAAGCAGAAGACAAAGGCUUUUUUGAUGAUGAUAAUACUAUUGAUGGAGAAGGAGGAAUGCUACUUUUUGUAGAUUUAGUGUUUGAGAGUAAUUUGGGUACAGCUGUACUUGGUCUUCGAAACGAAUUUGAAGAAUCAUCGAUUCAACUUCAUUAUUAUUGGGACACUCUUUGCUACAAACCAAAAGAUGAAAUAGAUAAGGCUUUAUCACAAUUAUUUGUUGAUAAACCAAAUCCAAAGGACAUUUUUGAAGCUUACACAGAACGUAAACAGAAAUUGAUGAUGUUGAAGAAAACUAUACAUAACUUCUAUGAAGAAUUGGAUAUUCCGAAAGAGAAAAGAUUGGAAUUUAGUGAUUCGUUGGACGAAGAGAAUAUCGAUAAAUUAUCAAAAGAAUAUGAAAGCCUUCGUGAAAUUAUGAGACAACGAAUUCAAAAGGCUAUCGACGAGUAUACAGUACAAUUGGGUGAAUUAUGGGAUAAAUGUUUGGUUCCUCAAUAUGAACGUGAUGAAUUCUUUUCAAAUUUACAUUCAUUGAAUUCUGCUGAAGAAGUAUACGAAUUACUCGCGCAAGAAAUUGAUCGUCUUCAAGAUCUUUAUGCUAAAUGUGCCAAGAUAUAUAGAUGGAUGUUAGAAAGACGUGCUUUAAUCGAGAAAAUGAUUGAAUUUGAGAAAAAGGCUUCUGACCCACGUCGUCUAUUCCAAAGUUCAUUUCGAUUAUUGGAAGAAGAAAAAUGGAGAAAAACAUGUUGGCCCAAUUUGGUUAAGAUUGAAGAUCAACUAAUCAAUGCUUGUGUUGCUUAUGAAGAAUCUGAACGUAAACCUUUUAUGCAUGAAAGCAAACGUUACUUGGACACUUUGCAAUCUGAAAUUUCUGAGCGUAUUGUAAAUCAAAUGUUCUUCGGUUUUGAACAAUUUGGCUCUAAAAAUACAAAAAACGCUAACAAUAAUGAUGAUGAAAACAGCAAUAAAUCAAAAAAUGCUUCAAAACGUAAAGAUAGCCAAAAGGCAAUGCCAAGCAGACCAUCUUCACCUACCAACGAAAAUAAAAGAAAUAGCAGAUUAUUUGCUAAAGCUCCAUCAGCUAGUCGUUCAGUUUCACCUUCAAAUGGUAAUAGUAAUGGAAGAUCUCCACAAUCACGUAGAAACAGCCAAUAUAUCCCUAGUAGAUCUGUAUCACCCACAGGUCUUAACAAUAAUGGAACUAAAUCAAGAAGAAAUAGUCAAGCUAUUAGUCAAGCAAUUACUCAAGCCAUGAUGGGUGGCAAUAGUAGAGCACCAAGUAGAGCGCCAAGUAGAGCACCAAGUAGAGCACCAAGUAGGACACCAAGUCGGGCACCAAGCAGAGCUGUUUCGCCUGUACGUUCUAAUUCUAACAUUUCACGAAACGUAUCACCCGUUAGACCUAAUCAUAGGAGUAAUUCAGAAACAUCUCCCUCGUCAUCAACGAAAAAGCGUAAUAGUUUAUUUGUUAAAAAUUCCAUUGAUCCAUUAUCGCAUCUCAACUCGAGUAACAAAGCUUCGUCAAAUCUAAUUGCAGCUUUAAAGAAAUCACAACAAUUAAUUACCGAUUUGUCAUUUCUUUGGAAUUUACAUAAAUUUAGAACUACUAACAUUAUUAAAAGACGUUUUGAAAGAGUCACAAAAGAAUUUGAUAAAGUUUUAUCAGACUUAAAGUUGGAGAAGCCUUUUGAUUUUGUAACACAAAAAAAGAAAGAUUUAAAAGCUGUAGAACAUGAUAUUUCAAUAAUUACUAAGUUUCUUGAAAGAGCUGAAGGAUCUAUAACAAUUCCAUCUGAUGAAUUAAUAAAUAUAUACAAUCAAUUUGUGAGGAAAGAUCAAUAUGGUGGUGCUGGCAAUGUUAAAGUUAGAAAGUGGCUGUCAAGUGGUGGUGGCAGUGGUAUUGAAAAAAAGAAGAAAACAAAAAGUAUUCUAGUUGCAUGUAAAAGAUAUGAGCAACAGCCACAAAAAUUUUUUGAUAAUCUUAUUCUACUCCCCAAAUUAAAUAAUUGUCCAAAUAUUUUAAAAUUCUAUGCACUUUCGGUUGUUAAAGAUUGGAAUUAUCACAAUUCAACAAAUUCAAUGUUUUAUUAUUUUUGA